CACCGCCGAGCCGAAUGUUUGGAUUUUGGCGUGGUUGUGUGUACUGAGGCUGAGAACUUGGGUCUUCAGGCUAACGGGAGAGUUUACUGUUAUUCAUUCCGUAGGUACUGUGUCCAAGAAGCGUGGUGCUUGCAUUUGCCCUCCACGAUGAGCCAUGACGUGAUUGUGGACGCCCUGCCCUACAUUGACACGGGUUAUGACGAGCCAGGCGUCAGGGAGGCGGCACUUGCCAUGGUGGAGGAUGAGAAGAAACGUUAUCGACCCACAAAGAAUUACUUGGAACAUCUUCCAGCUCUCAACCUCUCCACUUUUGAGACUGAGGUGAUGCGUUGUGAGUUUGAGCGAGUAGCAGCCAGGCAGCCCAUGGACACCCUUAGCAUGAAGCGUUAUGAGCUGCCUCCACCACCGCCUGGCAAGAUGACUGAUGUGGCAGCAUGGGGCGAGUGUGUAGAUAAUUCAAUGGCACAGUUGGAGCAUCAAGCUACCAGGAUAAUGAAUCUGGAGUUGAUGAGUGAGUAUGGAGCUGAGUGCUGGAAGAGCCACAAUGCUUCACUGCAGAGCAUGCUGACACGUUCCCAGGCCCUCCUUCAGGAUCUCAAGAAAGAAAUUCAGGAGCUGAACUGGUCGAGAAAGAGUAUGCAGACCAAGGCUGGUGAGGAGCUUCGGCACCUGGAGAGCAGCUGGGUGUCUCUUGUGUCAAGGAACUACGAGAUAGAACAGGCUUGUGUGCUGCUGGAGGCUGAGAUUGCAAAGAUGAAAGAGAAGGAAAGGGAAAGAGCCAGUUGAAUGAACCUCAAAUUAUAUCCCGAUUUUUAUCAAACAAAUUAUUUUAAUUUUGUUUUCUCCAACUUUAAUUGUAGCAGUAUGGUAUCUUUAAUAAAGUGUUUACAUCCAUA